UGUCUUCGCUUCUUCUGAUCCGGAACUGAAAAGCGUUGUCAACCAACCGGACGCGAGAAAAUUUCGAUUUUCCUUCGCGUUUUCGCCGGAUGUCCGCUUCAAACGAUACCUCGUCGUCCCGCUCGGAUCGGAUUCGAAGAUACCAUGCGUGCCCGUGCGGUGAUUCGAUUCAGUGCUGUUCCUUGAAUUACCGAGAAUAAUAAUGUGCGUAUGUGGUAUUCGUGUCGCGGUCGGAGCUGGCUUCGAGGAUUCCCGGUCGCGGAAUUAACACCUGUUAGAUGCUCGACCGCAAGUGCUGACGUGAUAUUAGUGGCGGGUAAUUUCGAUCGAAUUCGUCGGAGCGAGGAUAGUCGGAGGUUCGGGGGUCGACUAAGAAAAAACGCCAGGAGAGUGGGCCAACCGAUCAAAGAAACGAGGGGUCGAUUCCGACACGAUUCCAAUAAAACGAAUUUUCUCCGCGACUUGGCAAUCGAGACGAGCAAGAAUUUGCAAACGGAUGCUCUCUUACCUCGGCCCUGUCGCGGGAUAACGGAGUAAGGAUCAAAGGAUCCUAGGGACCACGCGGAAGCUGCCGCGUGUCCUCCGAGCAAACCGACCGUGUUAUGAUUCUGUUAAUUCGUCGCUGUCGAACGAGCCGCUCGACUCGAGAAGUUUAACAGUUUACGGACAAAUGAUCGAAAGGAUUAAUCGAUUAAGAAGCAGUGCUGUGAUCGAGUGAAACAGAAAAGAAAAUUGAGUCGAAUCCUUCGCAGCAACUUGCCGGCGAGGAGGAUAUUUCGAGGAAAGAGUCCGAUGAUUCUGUUCUCAUGACGAAUCCUUUACGAGAUGCGCGCCCCGAGGAUCGGCCUCCAGGCUUAGACUAUCCUGACCCCAGACUGGUUCGUAACGGUCAUCAGGAUCAUCAAGGAAACUCGGUGCAUCAGAUCGGUGGCGGGAGAAUACGACGAACGCGAACCUCGUCCUCGAGGAGAAGAAUGCACUUGACCAACGAGGUCCCUCCGCAAGGAUCCACAGGAGCAAAUAAUCUGCCAGAUUAUGCUCUCACCGCGGAUCUACUCGCUGAAAGAACUCUGGACGGGCUGUUCGCGGAACAUCCCGGAGAACUGGUGCGGACAGGAUCCCCGCACGUGGUUUGUACGGUGCUACCAGCACACUGGAGGUCGAACAAGACCCUUCCGGUAGCGUUUAAGGUGGUAGCCUUAGGCGAGGUCGGUGAUGGGACCCUGGUGACAGUUCGUGCUGGCAACGACGAAAAUUGCUGCGCGGAAUUGCGAAAUUCUACGGCCGUGAUGAAGAACCAGGUAGCGAAAUUCAACGAUCUCAGGUUCGUCGGACGAAGCGGUCGGGGAAAGAGUUUUACGCUAACGAUCAUGCUGCAGACGUCACCGCCUCAAAUAGCCACCCUGUCCAAGGCGAUUAAGGUCACCGUGGAUGGACCCAGGGAGCCCAGGUCCAAGACAAGACACCAGGCGUUCCAUCCUUUCCAUUUCGGACCCAGGCCGUUCCCUUUCGGCCACCCUCAGGAUCCCCUGGGAUUCAAACUGUCCGGCUUGCAACACCUGAGUCUGGAGCAAGGAGCAAGUCAAGGGUGGGGUGGAUUACCCCGAGGUUCUCUGCCACCCCACUGUCUUCCACCACCUCCUGGUCACCACUCGCAUACACAUCCUCCAACAGCUGGUGCGUCGGCCUUCAAUCCCUUCCACCAUAGUAUGGAGCAAAGAUCCCCUAGAUUACCUGGACCUAACACCGAGUCGUCCAGGAACGAUUUGGUUCCAAUCAGCGUUUCCGUGAGGGUAGUGACACCGACGACGUCACCUGGUAAUCCCGGACCUGGACUGCUCACGACGGCCACCGUCGCGGCGCCAACGCCACCCGCCGAACCCACCACGACCACCACGACGCCCACUCCUUCUGGACAUCAUUCGCACUUCCAAGGUCUUCAUCUUCUGGGAGCUACAGGGUCCAUCUUCGGCUCGAUAUUCGCCCCGCUGCUGCCGCAAUCGUCCUGGCUGUACAACCCUCUCUAUCACACGCAGCAGUACGCCUUGGAGCCCGAGUGGCACGCUCUAGCGUUGAGAUUGGCGCAGCAACGAUUGCAGAGGCCCGAUCAGGCCAGGCUGGAAGAAGCGAGGAAACUCCGAAGUCGUAGCAAUAGCCCGGAAAUCGAUUUGAAAGAAGAGAAACAGAGGGACGACGAACAGGAUCCGUUUCCCAGGUCCGGUUUGGAUAGUCCUGAUGGAAGUAUAGAGGUCGACGACAGGAACGAGCACGACGGGAACCGAGAUCGCGCGAGGAGCGACGAAUCUCUUCAAGAACAGGACUCGCCGAGGAUCUCGCCGGUUAGAAGCGACCUCGAAGACGUCACCACGGAUGUCACGUUUCAGGAUGCUUCCGUUCAUCUGCGACCCAGUAUGGAAAACUCGAACGAUCAAGAAACGUUCAACGACGAGCAGAUUUCGCGACGAGACUUAGCGGUGAAAAUCCGUCUCGAAGGAACCGUGGAUCUGAGCACUAAGCGGGGACAGGACAAGGAAAACAUGGGUCAGGAUUUGACCACCAGGAAGAAGGACGAAGACAGCGAAGUCGAGAGAGAAGGAGUCCGAGCGAGAAGAGAGACGAGCCCUAAACCCAGACAGGUCUGGAGACCGUACUAAAGGACAAAAUUAACCGGCUCAAAGGAUUUCUGAACGCAGGAAUCUCCUGGAAGAUAUCCGGUUGUAAAUUUGCCCAAGUCUUGAUCAGUUUACGUUAGAAUUCGUAUCGGGUCCACGGAGAAUACGGAAUUUCUCGACUUGUUCCGACCGAAUGUACUAGUCAGGAGCCAACCGUGAGAAACACUUGGUCCUUCGAACAGGAACUGUCAAGGACUCGAGGACUAACCAGGGUUUACGUUCGUAUAGCUUGUAAAUAUAAGCGGCGUCCAAUUAUCACUUAGGUUAAUGUCUCGCGUACGUGUUAAACGCUAUCCAUUGUCUUGGAGUGAGAUGUAGCGAUUUUGUUGAACGAUCCUGAUCGUGCUCGCCCGAUUCAACGAAAUUUAACGAGUCCUGCGAGGUUGAUCGUACGAUGGGGAUCGUUUAAACGGAAGCUCGUGUCGUUGUAAAUAUCGCAGGAUUAAGGAUACAAAGUACCAGCCGAGUCACGUUCUCGAAGAGCUGCUCCUUUUUCUUUUUGGCUGUUUUUACGAGGAACAUUAAUCGAUCAUCGGCAGCACGCGCGACAGGGAGUAGAGCGUAAUAACUUAGACCUGUUGACGUUCCGUGUUAAACGUGACUGGCUUGGAAAAAGAAAUAUCUUUCACUGUUUAAGUACCGUCAUCAAAUAAAGUAAUAUCAUCCGUUCCAUGAAUGAUCAUCUUCUUACGCAGCGUGUAUUCGAUCAUCCUCGAGGAAGGCGCAGUUGAUCUACGACGAGAACAUGGAGAAGCAGAGGUGGUAUUGGGCGAAAAUAAGAUGGAGGAAAUUCGUGUCGCCUUAACACGAACGACGAAAGUUUCAGUUGCUGUCCAGGCUUCGAACAGAACUCGUGGGAACGACCUCCGGAAAUACAAAUACGCAGGAAGGAACUACCGGGAUGCAACAUCGAUUCGUGCAUUACAACAUCGGUUGAACAUUAUAGAAAUAAUUA